AUGGCUGUCUGCCCCCAGGCGCCCUGCCCUCUCCCCAGGCUCCCUACCAAGCCCCCAGGCGCCCUGCCCUCUCCCCAGGCUCCCUACCCUGCCCCCAGGCGCCCUACCCUGCCCCCAGGCUCCCUACCUUCCCCUCCAGAAUCCCUACCUUGCACCCAGGCUCCCUACCUUGCCCCCAGAAUCCCUACCCUGCCCCCAGGCUCCCUGUCCCCAGGCUCCCUACCCUGCCCUGUCCCCAGGCUCCCUACCCUGCCCCCAGGCUCCCUACCCUGCCCCCAGGCUCCCUACCCUGCCCCCAGACUCCCUACCCUGCCCCCAGGCUCCCUACCCUGCCCCCAGGCGCCCUACCCUGCCCCCAGGCUCCCUACCUUCCCCUCCAGAAUCCCUACCUUGCACCCAGGCUCCCUACCUUGCCCCCAGAAUCCCUACCCUGCCCCCAGGCUCCCUGUCCCCAGGCUCCCUACCCUGCCCUGUCCCCAGGCUCCCUACCCUGCCCUGUCCCCAGGCUCCCUACCCUGCCCCCAGGCUCCCUACCCUGCCCCAGGCUCCCUACCCUGCCCCCAGACUCCCUACCCUGCCCCCAGGCUCCCUACCCUGCCCCCAGGCCCCCUACCCUGCCCCCAGGCUCCCUCUCCUGCCCCCAGGCUCCCUACCCUGCCCCCAGGCUCCCUACCCUGCCCCCAGGCUCCCUCUCCUGCCCCCAGGCUCCCUACCCUGCCGGCUGUUUCAACCAGUGAAUACCUGGAGCCAGCAGGAGCCUGGAGGCCGAUGUGUCCCAGAGAUAGACUCUACUGGAGAGGCCAG